AUGUCUAAUCUCACAGGGGUCGUCGCAUGCAUCGACUUUGCGCAACUAGGGCACUCGCCCGCUCUGCUCGCUGCGGCGCUCAAAGAAGCGAUGGGCAAGACGGGGUUCAUCUUCAUCAAGAACCACGGGCUGGAGCAAAAGGUCAAGAAGAUGUUUGACAUUUCUGGUGAGCGAGAGAAGGGAGUUGGGAUACAGAGAUGUUCGGUCUGCGGGGCUUCUGCGCGAAUCGAAGGGGGAAUGCGCUCAGCUGAUACGACUUGUGGGGUGCUCGUUUCGUAGAGACCUUCUUCCGGGAGGAGACGAUGGAGGAGAAGCAAAGAACGUCUUAUCAAAACAAUCGGGGGUAUACACGGGUGUCCCAAGAAACGUACGUCCAAACUUUUUCUUGCUACCCUCCUUUCCUCAAGGUGGGCCUCACUAGAGCUCCGAUCCAACAGCCUAACGAUGUUGACCGCGUCUCCACAGUCUCGACCCCACCAAACCCGAUUUAGACAUGAAAGAAGGCUUCAACCUCGCCUACGUAUCCCUGACCGACCCACCCCACCCAGUCCAACCCAUCCCCUCCCUCCUCCAACCCCAUCUCACCUCCCUCGCCGAAUUUGAACAAAGCUGUUUCGAGUUCUGUCAAACCCUUCUCCGAGCAUUCGCUGUCUUGCUAGACUUGAACAAUGAUUUCUUCACGAGGGAACUUCAGCAUAAUGAGGAGUCGGGCUCGAUCUUGAGGUUUUUGCAUUAUCCCAAAGUCGAGAAGGGGCAAAGUGUUCACCGAACAGAGCUGGGGCUCAUAGGUCUGUUCAUGAUCAAAGGCUCCGCGUACUCGUUCUCUUGUGCUGAUCCUCAUCCUUCAUCCACAGUGACUACGGUUCCCUUACUCUCCUCUUUCAACGUUCUUCAGGAGGCGAGGGAUUGCAAAUCCUUCCCUCUACCGAACCCCUCGAUUCCCCCAACUGGCAAAACGUCGGCCUCGUCGAAGACGCUCUACUCGUGAACAUCGGUGACGCACUCGAACUAUGGUCGGGGGCUAUCCUUAAAUCGACUUUACAUAGGGUGGUCUUACCUCCGAGGGAUGAGGAGGUUGAUGCGGUGCAGGAGAGGUUCAGUAUCGCUUGGUUCAACCAACCGAAACCGAGCGCGAGUUUGAAGACGGUCGUGCCCGUUUCUCAGAUCUCGGAAAGUGAGUCGGUCUUGGAAUGCACGGGUGAUAGGACCAUGGUCGCUGAUGAGGACUUGACAAUUUACAUUAGAUGAUCUAUCGAGAAUGGAGAGGAAAGGUGUUGUCGCGGGAAGUGAUAUCACGGCAGCACAGCAUCUUCAGGCGAGGUUGGCGAGCACUUAUAAGUUGAAGUAG